AUGAAAGGUCAGGAUAGGUUCAUUGCUAGUGCUCUAAUGAAUUACUGCGGUUAUUGCGAGCGCAAAAUCGAGGACGAGCCAGCACUUUUCGCUAGGGGAAGGCUAUGGCACGUAAAUCAUUUGCUGUGUGACGAGUGCGGCUGCCGGAUUCAAGAGGAAGAGAAGUUUGAAGAAAGGGAAGGUUUCAUCAUUUGCCGUCAUUGCUACCUGAACGGCAAGAACCCAAAGUGCGCAGGUAAGCUCCACAACUUGAAGAUUCUCACCUCUUGCCUCCUGGAAGUGCGUCGGUAUUGA